UGUGAGAGAGAGAGAGAGAGCGCGAGGUGUGUGUGUAGGCGCGAACGCGCGCGUAAUCCAGCGGUCCGCUCAGGGAGGAAGUCACUGUUUACUUUUUUUCUCCAAGAUUAACGUAAACCAGGUGGGCCCUCCUAUCUAACGGGACAGGCGCGCUCUGUGCCUAUAUGCUACCCUUCUCCGGUCGGGAAUGGCUGAAGUCGUGUUAUGAAUGCAGUGUUGGUUAAUUCGUCAGGAAAAGCUAUACGUUUUUCUUCUCUGCGCAGUUUUUGGAGUAGCCGAAAGUUUUUCUGACAGCGGACGAAGGAGGCGUAGGCUAUGAGACUUCACCACAGUCAUGCGGUUUCGCUACACGGAGUGUUUUUAAUCAACCGAGGGGCACACUACUCUGAAGGAGGGCAAAAGGAAACUUCUUCCAAACGCAGAUUUUCUCAAAACCACUAGUGCUUACUUGGUCAACUGGAGUUUCUCUCUUUGGGCUGGUUUUCAAAAGCUUUCUCGUAAAAGUUUUCGCUUCCCACUCUCGACUAAUAGAUCAGUGGACGGCAGACGAUGGUAGCAUUUUACCCCUUUUUGACCCUAUAGCUGCUGUCGUGGUGAAACGCUUAAUGUUACGCAAACCUCCGCAGAUUCCUGAAGCGCGCAUUUACUGUUCAUUUCUCGACACCGCAGGAGCGCAACAGUCUGGCGUCUGGGAUGCGGCUGCCAAAUAAACAUCGCCAAUGGUACGCCCUGUGUCUUCAGUCAAGACGCUCUUUCUAAAAGCGGGGAUGCUCUUGCGACGGACCUGGACCCUCCGUCGCAGGUAUUGCACGGCUCCCCUGUUGCUCAUUGGAAUAGCAGUCUGUCUUCUUUACCAAAUGCUAAUGGUCGAUCGGAGUAGGUAUAAAACCGACGGCCCAAGUCCACAAGAGAGAAAUAGGUCUGGGAUGACCUUCCUGGAACCAGAGAAGCUCGUAUCAGCACUUGAUGCAUUUCAAGAUGACAAAGUCAGUUCCAAACACCGGAUUGGAGUAGCCAUUCUCUUGACCGGUCAGCUGGUUCCCACGGCAACAGAAGUCCAGUUGUACCAGAGGGUUCUGCAGCAGCACAGCUACUGGGUUGACCAGGCCCGCUACGCCGAGACCAGCAGCACCGUACGCCAAGACAAGAGAGAUGGCAGUGGAUGGAAUCUGCUGGUGUGUUUGAAGGGGUCAGAGAGAGGUUGCCUGCGUAAAAUCAGUUUUUCCAGUCUCCAUGCAAACCAGAGGGUCAACAUUAUUCCAGCACUUGUGGAAGCCUUCUCAGAAGUGGGCAGAGUCUGCAGGUUUCAGACAGACAGGCGAUUGGCUGGGUUGAAUAUUCCCAUAAUUCCCUCUGCCUGUAGAGAGGAGGGACCCCACCAGCUGAACUCCCACAGUUUAACAGGACAUGACUGGCACCCAUCCAUCCACCCUCCACUCUCCUCAGCCAAUCAACACGCUGUUGCCAUGGUGAAUGUUUACGUCCUGGUUUCCUCCAUGUCCUCCCCAGUGGUGGUGGUGUGUGUGGUGGUGGGUGUGUGUGGUGCCAGCAGCACAUGCUGUGUGUCCGAGGCAGGCGAUCCGCAGGUGCAGCUGCAGCUUUUCUUCCUGGAGCGUCUGGGUGCGGCUGACUCGCGGCAAGCUCUGGCUCAGAUGCGCCGAGUGGUCAGUGAUGUCCUGCUGGCAGCGACCCUGACCAAUGAGCAGGCCAGCUCUCGGCACAGUUGCAAGCUGUGUUUCCAGUGGCUGACUUUCACACUGAGUUUCAACGCCUCUCUCUCUGCUGUGGUAGUGAAGGUCCAGACCGACUUACACUUUCAGGGGCUGAGGGACCCAGGUUUUGAUGGACAGAUCAGGAAGGAGUUGAUCCUGGAGGACGGGUUGCACUUCCUGUUCGAGACCCAUCGCAUGCAGGAGAAUGUGUUGCGAUCGGUGGAGCCAGCACAGGCAGACCUGAGACAGCAGUAUGGUGGCUGUGAGUGGACAAACAGUCUUUGUUUACCCCCGGAUGAUCUUCUGCUGCUGAUCCAGUUUCAACGCCAGCUCAAGAGGCCGGGGCCAUUUGAAGUGCUACAUCCUCAGGCCUCCUCUAAAUCUUCACCCCUCCACUGGCUCCAUCUCCGCAGACUGAAACUCCCAGAGAAUUCUGGGAAGGAAUCAGAGUUAUCUUCGUUGUUUCAACAACUUCUGGAGUAUCACCAGAAAGCCAAGAUGCAGAGCACGGACAGUCCGAAGAGUUCUGCUGGACUGGGAUCUGGACAAGACUCCCAAGACCCAUCAGGAGGUGAAGGUAGGUGUGUGGACCCCCACCUCCGGCAGCUCUACACAGACCCCCCCCUGGUUCUGAGCCCGCAGUUCGACCCUUGGCUUAAGGAGUACCGGGCAGAGGUGCCGUUCGACACCGUGAUGGUCCGGCUCCGUCCGGAACCCGUCAGCCAAUUCUGCCACGUGCACAUGGAUGAGCAGCGUGGGCCCAGAAUUGUAAACUACCCCGUGGGCCUGGGCAACAGCAAAAUCAACAUUCUGGUUAUGGAUGAAUCCGAGGCUGAACCCGUCGUCAUGACGAUAUACACUCUCCACAUAUUCCGAGAGAACAGGCCGAGCCUGCCUAUGUUUGCCGACUAUGUGAUGUGCGGCUUUGUACAGGACUGCGGCCUGAUCGUCCGGCCGGACCAACCCUGCGGUCUGGAGCCCCUGCGUGGGGUGAGGUCUUCAGGCGAGUCCCAGGCUCCAGAUCGGCCUCCAUGCUCCUCAGGAGACAUGCCUGGUCGUUGGGUGGUCCCCUGUUUGAGCUGUUCUGAUAACAGGACGUGUGAUUGGCGGGAGGUUGCCUGGCGACCAGACAGCUGUUACCACCCAGUGCUGGACCAGCCACAGCUGCAGCAAUGCAUGAUGGACCGCAAGAUGCUGUUCAUGGGUGACUCGACCAACCGCGGGAUGAUGUACUACCUGAUGGAGCGGGUGAACGAGACGCUGCAGGACUGGGACAAGACGCACGACACGGUGCUCUACCACAACCUCAACCGUGGACACACACCCUUCAGCUACAGCUACUACCCUCAGUUCUGGCUGGAGCAGAGCCACAGGCCCACCUUCCAAAGGGCACUGGAGCAGCUCAUCCAGAGAUCUCGCCCUCUGGUAAACUCCCAACAGACCGUCCUGGUUGUUGGGGGCGUCCAGUGGCUCAACACCAACCAUAUCAGGACCAUCCAGCAAGUUCUAAAGAGAGAGAAUCUGCAGGACAUCAUGGUGGUGGUGAAAUCUCUGGGCAUGGGUUUCCAUCUUGCUGUCGACGGCAUUCGCUCGCUCUCUCUGGCUCGCGUACAACAACUGGACCAUGUGAACCGGGACGUUCUCACCGAAGCAAAGCAUGCUGGGUACGAGGUGGUGGACACGUUAAGCAUCACCAUGGGACGGUACAAGGAGUACCUGCAGGGGAGGUGUGCCUGCCACUUUCACGAGGUGGCAAAGCCCUCAUAUUCAGCCCCUCAGCACAGCCUUCUGCAGAUGCUACGGCAGGAUGGAGACUCUGGAAGCAAAUCUGGAACCGGAACCGGAGCAGGUGAUCAGGUGGACCUGCAGGACUCUCAGUGGCCCUCGUCCAACACCACGUACCACGUCAGGGGCCCGGUGAACCAGGUCUACUCCGAGAUCCUACUCAGUAGACUGUGUGCUCGGGACAGGGGAAACAAAACCACGCCACACAGAUGAAGGACAGGGGCUGUGUGUGUGUGUGUGUGUGCGUGUGUGUGUGUGUUACUACUGGCUUAAAAUAGUAACAAAAACACAGGGAGAGACUCCAACCAUGUUGAAAUGCCUAGGUGUUUAUUUCAUACCAUACAUGUUUGCAAAACAGAGUAUCAAACAAAAGGAAUACCAAGCACACGCCUCCCCUGCAUCAUGCCUGGGCACGGGCCCUCUACAUGCCAUACAGUAUGUUUGACACAUCAAGUGCAGGGUCUUGAACAGAUAAGACUGAAACAAUGUGUGUGUGUGUUUGCAUUUGUGUCUGUCUGUCUCAUUAUGUUUGUUGUUUGUCUGUUUGAUCAUUUAGCAUUUUGUUUGUUGU